GCCUUCUGGGGAGCUUUUGGUAUAGAGCAACCAUGAUUGGCGAGUAAAGGGUGGAAAUGUUUCCCAGAGCAGCCCCUCAAAAUAGUCGUGUUGGCGUUGUUAGCCAUUUCUAAUCAAAUACGUUGGCAACCACCCCCCUAAGGAUGAUCAUCGCAAGGAAGCGGUGGUGAGAUUAUCUCCAGGUGCAUGGCUAUUCGCUCUCCCUCCAUCAUUUUGAGGCGGACCGCCAAAAGUACCACAUAGCUGCUCAUGAGAGAAAUGAUGCAUAGUGUCCACAGCAAUCGCCGGGUAUUUCUCCCAUAAACCGUGCUGGGGAGGCAAGGCAUCCCUGUCAAAUUUUAGUCGUUUUUCUCUUUUGGCUUUUUUUGCUUAUUCCUGUGCCUGUCUCCUUUUUGUUCGUGGAUCAGGGUCACGAUAAUGGUCCUUACAGGGACGGACCUGGUCUCAAUGUUCACGGCAACCCACGUCAUCCUCGCCUUAGGGGCAUAUGUGGCCCUCCGAUUUGCUUAUCAGAUUGUGUACUAUCGAUUUUUUCAUCCCUUGGCCGUAUUCCCGGGACCUUUUUGGGGUAGCGUAACCAGACUUUGGAUCGCAUGGCACAACCUGCGUGAGACCGAAGUACCUACGGUCUAUGCACUGACCAAGAGAUACGGACCCGUCGUACGAAUCACCCCGACACUCCUCCUCGUCAGCGACCCCACGAAACUGCCCGACAUCUACCACCGGAAUGCAGACAAGACAGGUCACUAUAUCACCGGGUCGUUCGGUGAGACCGAAUCAUUGUUCAACAUUCGGUCACACAAGACUCAUGCGGCGUUUCGCAAGCACAUUGCGGGUCCGUAUAGUUUCUCAAACGUAAAGCGGAUGGAGCCAUUGAUUGACGCGCGGAUCGACGACUGGUUGAACAAAUUGGGAGAGACAUUCGCCAGCACCGGUGCCAAGUUCGAUUUCUCAUGGUGGGCAGUAUACGUCGCGUACGAUGUCAUCAGUGAAAUUGGCUUCGGGGCGCCGUUCGGCUUUAUCGAACAGGGUAAAGAUGUUGGAGGUCUCAUCCAGGGCUUCCACGACGGCCUUCCUGCGUUUGGUCUCCUCGCGCGUCUCCACCCAUUUACCAGCUGGGUGAAGACAACGUUCUUGAAAAAAUAUCUGGUCGCCAAGCCUGAGGAUAACACCGGCAUUGGUGUGCUGAUGCGCUUCCGGGAUCGACUGAUUGAGCAACGCUUAAACGAGAUCGCUGAAGGCAAAGAUGUUGGUCGUGUGGAUCUCCUACAAACGUUUAUCGAUGCACGCACGGAGGACGGUAAGCCCCUCGAGAUGGAUUAUCUGAAGGCCGAAGUCCUGCUGGUUCUGCUGGCGGGCGCCGAUACCACUGGCACGGUGUUCCAGUCCCUCGUCAACCACCUGCUCGUCAACCAGCAAGUCUACGAACGGAUGAUGGAGGAGAUCGACACGGCCAGCCGUAAGGGACUCAUCCCCGACACCAUCCCCCAGUACGACGCUAUCCAGGAGCAUCUUCCAUACUAUGUCGCAUGUGUCCGGGAAACGUUGCGAAUGAACCCGCCGGCGCCAAAUAUCUUCCCACGUUAUGUGUCGGAACCAGGCAUUGAGCUUUUCGGUAAGUUUGCUCCAGCCGGUACAGAGGUGACCGGCAACCCAUGGAUCAUGCACCGGGAUACCGCGCUUUUUGGAGAAGACGCAGAGGAGUUCCGUCCGGAGCGCUGGCUCGACCCGGAGAAAGCAAAGCUGUACAACAAGUAUAUUUUCACUUUCGGAUAUGGCACCAGAGUCUGUCUGGGUAGGGACAUCGCGAUGGAAGAAUUGUUCAAGGGCCCACUGCAGGUACGUUAAUCUGGCCUCCCUCCUUGGCUUCGCGCUUGCUCAUCUCAUAAUACUUUAGUUCUUCCGUCGAUACACCCCG